UGGCUUCAGCAAUCUGUAGCUGUAAUUCUGGUUUCGAUAGUAUCGAUUGUCUUUUACUAUCGAUGCUUCAUUAAAAAACUGUGACCUUCCAGAUUUUUAUUAACUCCCCACUUUACCCGAGUCUAAUCAAGAUAUCUUGAGUUAAGUUUAGAGGACAAACAAGUCACAUAAUUUUGCAUCAAAAUGACGGUUAAUGAAUGGGUUCCUCAAAAUGUUGGUCUUACUCAACAUAAAUUAGCGGUGACUCGGGACUAUAUCAAUCAACCUAGAUUAUCUUACAAGACUGUAUGUGGUGUGAACGGUCCAUUGGUUAUUCUUGACGAUGUCAAAUUUCCUAUGUAUGCCGAGAUCGUCAGAUUGACCUUACCUGAUGGAACAGUUCGUUCCGGUAAAGUUCUUGAUGUUCGAGGAUCAAAGGCUGUCGUCCAAGUCUUUGAGGGUACCUCUGGAAUUGAUGCCAAGUUCACAAAUUGUGAAUUUACUGGCGAUAUUCUUCGACAACCCGUGUCUGAAGACAUGUUAGGUCGUGUUUUCAAUGGAUCCGGUAAACCCAUCGAUAGAGGUCCACCAGUAUUAGCUGAAGAUUAUCUUGACAUCGAAGGACAAGCCAUAAACCCAGAAUCUAGAACUUACCCCGAAGAGAUGAUCCAAACUGGCAUAUCAGCCAUAGAUGUAAUGAACUCAAUUGCCCGAGGUCAAAAAAUUCCAAUUUUCUCAGCAUCAGGUUUACCGCACAAUGAUAUUGCUGCACAAAUUUGUCGACAAGCAGGUCUUGUUAAAUCACCCGACAAAGAUGUACCUGAUGAUAAUUUUGCCAUUGUUUUCGCUGCAAUGGGUGUAAAUAUGGAAACAGCUAGAUUUUUCAAACAAGAUUUCGAAGAAAAUGGUUCUAUGGAAAAUGUCUGCUUGUUCCUUAACUUAGCUAACGAUCCAACUAUUGAACGUAUCAUUACUCCCCGUUUAGCUUUAACUACUGCCGAGUUUCUUGCUUACCAAUGUGGUCGUCACGUUCUUGUCAUUCUUACCGAUAUGUCAUCUUAUGCUGAAGCUUUGAGAGAAGUAUCUGCUGCUCGUGAAGAAGUUCCCGGUCGUCGUGGUUUCCCUGGUUACAUGUACACUGAUUUGGCUCAAAUUUAUGAAAGAGCUGGCCGAGUAGAAGGUCGAACUGGUUCAAUUACGCAGAUUCCUAUUCUUACCAUGCCAAACGACGAUAUUACCCAUCCUAUUCCCGAUCUCACAGGUUAUAUUACAGAGGGUCAAAUUUACGUUGACCGUCAAUUAAACAACAGACAAAUUUAUCCUCCAAUCAACGUACUUCCUUCUUUAAGUCGUCUUAUGAAAUCUGCUAUUGGUGAAAACAUGACUCGAAAAGAUCAUGCAGAUGUUUCCAACCAAUUGUAUGCUUGUUACGCUAUUGGUAAGGACGUACAAUCUAUGAAAGCUGUCAUUGGUGGUGAAGAUUUGACCCCUGAAGAUUUAUUAUAUCUUGAAUUCUUGAACAAAUUCGAGAAAAACUUUAUUUCUCAGGGUAAUUACGAAAACCGAACAAUUUUCGAGUCAUUAGAUAUUGGUUGGCAAUUGCUGAGAAUAUUCCCCCGUGACAUGUUGAAACGAAUUCCUCACAGUACCCUCAAUGAGUUCUACCCACGUCAGUCAACUGGACCAGCCCAAGCAAAAUGAUUCCUCCAUUGUUUCAUUCCUUUAUUUUUAUCUUUUGCUUCGAAUUCAAUGCUGUUAUGAAUAUUCCAGAAUGGGACUAAUAGUCUCCAGACUAAACUAUAACUAAAAAUUUACACAAGCAAUCGAUUUUAUUGGUUAUGCUUUAAUGAAAUUGAACUGUUUUUCACAGUAGAAUGCAAUCUUCAAGUUUGUUUCUUUUGGUUCAAAAUCAUGUUAUCAUAUUUAAAGAUUGAGUUUGGUUUUGCCAUCACUGGAAGAUAAACCAAAAAGUUUUUAUCAUCGGAUCCCAAAAAGCAACAACCCCUACUCACACAAUCGCUUGUUUCUUCGUCUCUCCAGAAACUUUAAUUAUUUUUUUUCACUCUCCUUUGUUUUCUAAUAACUUAAUAUUUUUUUGUUGUCUGUUCUAGACUCAAAUCAUUUGUCAAUAUAAUCAAGAAUCAGCCAAAAUGAAGAGUAAAGUUUGUUCAAUCUGUUUAAGGUAAAGAUGGGAAAAACUAAAGUUGUUGGCUCUGUGUGUAAACCAUUUUAAACGGUGUGUAUCCAAUUGAUCAGAUAUCAUCAAACAAAAAUGAUACAAAAAA